GUAGAAAUUGAAGUUUAUUGGCUUCACAAAGGAUAAGAGCAAGAUAUACCACACAGGAGGGUUCCCAUCUCAAUACCUUAACUUGCAUAUUCAGAUUAUUCAAAUUAUUGGGGACCAGGGUUUGGGGAUCGUGCACAGCUUUGAGUAAUAUUUGCUAGUUAUAUUUAAGAACAAAAUGGCGUCCUUAGGGCAGUUCCAACUAUUUGUGGGCUCUGGCUCCAGACAAACCUCUGUCUGUCAGGAUGAACUCCAGGAGGAGUACAAAAGGUGCAAAAAUAAAAUAAAAUAAAAUAGAAAACAUCAUAUAUAUAUAUAUAUAUAUAUAUAUAUAUAUAUAGUUUUUAGACAGAGUCUUGCUCUGUCACCCAAGCAGGAGUGCAGUGGUGUUAUCAUAGCUCACUGCAACCUCAACCUUCCUGGCUCAAGCAGUUCUCCCACCUCAGCCUACCGGCUAGCUGGGACCACUGGCACCGGGCUAAUUUUCUUAUUUUUUGUAGAGAUGGAGGUCUCACUAUGUUGCCCAGGUUGGUCUCCAACUUCUGGGUUCAAGUGAUCCUCCCGCCUCGACCCCCAAAGUGCUGGGAUUACAGGCAUGUGCCACUGCGCCUGCCUACUCUUUUAAAGAUGCUACGGAUGCAAAGAAGAGAGGAAAGCAAACACAAAACCUUUUUGAUCUCAAGGAGCUAAGGGUCUGAGUCUGACACUUCCCAUCCCACACACAUAUACAGAGGGAAGGAUCUCUUCUCCAGCAAAAGUUUUCACGGAAGUCAUCUCUUUCCUCAUCGCUUAAAAGAAACAAAAAGCCAAGAAGCCGUUACGGAGCGGGUGUGGGGGCCUGUGACCUUUUGUCUAGUUGCCAUCCUCCGGAACCCACAAGCGGUACACCAAAUAAGGGACGCGGCGGCUAAAAUGACGUGAACAUAGGAGUCCGCAUUCUCUGAGAUGUCAUUCCUCCAGGAAGACCCAGAAACCGUGAAUAGGGCGGGGUGGUGGGCAAUAUCUAAAGCGAGGUUUCCUGGGAACGCGAUGCCACUGGCCAGGACGCUGGAAAGGGCAGCGGUCGUGAAGAAUCCCUUCUCAAGGGGUCCGUUCCUGGGCCGUAUAUGGAGAAGUCUGUCCAAGUGUGUGUCUGUAAGGUCUAGAGCCGGGCGUGCAUUCAGAAUCCUCAAGCUCAUCUGUACUUGGACUCUGACCCUGAAGCGAGGGGGUUUCCGAAGUCUGAUUCACCGAGGGGACAGGACCCAUUUGGGGCAUCCGAUGGCAGCGAGAAGAGAAGGGAGCCGAAAUGCAAAAUAUUCUCAAGAUGCAGGAGGAACCCCUCUCAAGGAGCGCCACGGAGAAAACUUCAGAGUACCGGCGCGAUGAUCCAGCACAACGCCAGGACCUGCAGCCCAGCCCACCUCUCCCCGGGCGCUGUGGCGCAGGCGCAGUGGCGCCGCGCUCCAGCCCCAGCGCGCAUGCUCUGCCCGGCUGCGGCGCUUCGGGCCGGCGGCAGCGGCAGAAGCGGCAGCGGCAGAGGAAGUUUCCGCUUUGCACUCCACCCCGGUAGCAGCUCCGCGGCAGGGACAGCUUCCUCCGGACGUUUGGCGGGCUUCGCUCUCGCCUUACGACAGCCCAGUCGUAUAAUGGGGUUGCCCAAGGGGCCGGAGAGCCAGGGUCUCCCGGAGGUGGAAACAAGAGAAGAUGAAGAACAAAAUGUCAAGUUGACUGAAAUUCUAGAGCUCUUGGUUGCAGCUGGGUAUUUCAGGGCAAGAAUUAAAGGCUUGUCACCUUUUGACAAGGUAGUAGGAGGAAUGACUUGGUGUAUCACCACUUGCAACUUUGAUGUAGAUGUUGAUUUACUCUUUCAAGAAAACUCUACGAUAGGUCAAAAAAUAGCUCUGUCAGAAAAAAUUGUCUCGGUCCUGCCAAGGAUGAAAUGCCCACACCAGUUGGAGCCCCACCAGAUCCAAGGGAUGGAUUUUAUUCACAUAUUUCCUGUUGUUCAGUGGCUGGUGAAACGAGCUAUAGAAACAAAAGAAGAGAUGGGUGACUAUAUCCGCUCCUACUCUGUAUCCCAGUUCCAGAAGACUUACGGUCUCCCUGAGGAUGAUGACUUCAUAAAGAGAAAAGAAAAGGCCAUCAAGACAGUUGUGGACCUCUCAGAAGUGUACAAGCCCCGUCGGAAAUACAAACGCCACCAGGGAGCAGAGGAGCUACUUGAUGAAGAAUCUCGAAUCCAUGCUACGCUUUUGGAAUAUGGCAGGAGAUAUGGAUUUAGCCGCCAGAGCAAAAUGGAGAAGGCUGAGGACAAGAAAAUGGCACUUCCAGCAGGGCUGUCAGCUACAGAAAAAGCUGAUGGCCACGAGGAAGAUGAGCUUCGAGCAGCUGAAGAGCAGCGUAUUCAGUCGCUAAUGACCAAGAUGACCGCUAUGGCAAAUGAGGAGAGCCGUCUCACCGCAAGCUCCGUGGGCCAGAUUGUGGGACUCUGCUCUGCCGAGAUCAAGCAGAUUGUGUCUGAGUAUGCGGAGAAGCAGUCUGAGCUAUCAGCUGAAGAAAGUCCAGAAAAAUUAGGAACCUCCCAGCUACAUCGCCGGAAAGUCAUUUCCUUGAACAAACAGAUUGCGCAAAAGACCAAACAUCUUGAAGAGCUGCGAGCAAGUCACACCAGCCUACAAGCCAGAUAUAAUGAAGCCAAGAAAACGCUGACAGAGCUGAAGACUUACAGUGAGAAACUGGACAAAGAGCAAGCAGCCCUCGAGAAGAUAGAAUCCAAAGCUGAUCCAAGUAUCCUACAGAACCUGAGAGCACUUGUAGCCAUGAAUGAAAAUCUGAAAAGUCAAGAACAGGAAUUUAAAGCACAUUGUCGAGAGGAGAUGACACGGCUACAGCAAGAAAUUGAAAACCUGAAAGCUGAGAGAGCACCAUGUGGAGAUGAAAAGACCGUCUCCAGUGGAGAGCCGCCUGGUACCUUGACCUCUGCAAUGACUCAUGACGAAGACCUAGACAGACGGUAUAAUACGGAGAAAGAGAAACUUUACAAGAUACGUUUACUACAGGCUCGAAGAAAUCGAGAAAUAGCAAUUUUGCACCGCAAGAUUGAUGAAGUCCCUAGCCGUGCCGAGCUAAUACAGUAUCAGAAGAGAUUUAUUGAACUCUACCGCCAGAUUUCAGCAGUGCACAAAGAAACCAAGCAGUUCUUCACUUUAUAUAAUACCCUGGACGAUAAAAAGGUUUAUUUGGAAAAAGAGAUUAGUCUGCUGAACUCAAUUCAUGAGAACUUCUCACAAGCCAUGGCCUCCCCUGCUGCCCGGGACCAGUUUUUACGUCAGAUGGAACAGAUUGUGGAAGGAAUUAAGCAAAGUAGAAUGAAGAUGGAAAAGAAAAAGCAAGAGAACAAAAUGAGAAGAGACCAGUUGAACGACCAGUACUUGGAGCUGUUAGAAAAGCAGAGGCUAUACUUUAAGACUGUGAAAGAGUUCAAGGAGGAGGGCCGCAAGAAUGAGAUGCUGCUGUCCAAGGUGAAAGCGAAGGCCUCCUGAACAUCCCCAGCUGUGGUUGUAUGUCAUUGAUUUUACUUUUAAGCACCGUAUAUCAACUACAAGAUCAUGAAAUGGUUCUGAAAGCAACAGUAGAGAGAUGCAGGUGUAAUGAUUUCAACAACCUGGAUGUUUUCUUUCUCCUCUUUGCUUCCAUUCAUUUCUGUUGGCUGCUGUUGAUGGAAUCAGACAGUAAACACGUGGCUUGGAUAACACCCAUCAUCCUAUGAAGAAUGUGGGGAGUACUUGUUCUCUGUUGAUUCAACUUUUAUGUCUCCAGUAACAUUGCGCUUACGAAGGUACCUGUAUUUGUAUGGACUCUGAAUAAAGAAGAAUUCAUUUGUUUAGCAAGUAUUAA